AUGUCAGCUGGGUGCCUUACCUUAAGUACACUUUGGAGGAGGCAAGAUACAAGGCAAGAGGUAGUAGAGAUGGAUGGAAAGGACCGCAUGGAAGCUCACAUACACAAUGGAGAGGGAGAGCUUAGACCAGAGGAGGCACUGCGUCUCAAUCUGUCCUACCUUGACUGGUCAUAUAUGAUGGACAAAAAGCAUGGGGAGCUUUUGGUGGAUGUGGGCAUAUCAUUCACACCUCGCUCUCCAGAUGUUCCCAUCGUCAGGGUGUGGAGAUUAGAUGCGUUGGAGGCAUCAUUUGGUGCAGGAGGCUACAAAUAUGGUGCACUGGAGGCAGAAAUGCAACAGGAAAGGUCGCAGCAGAUGCACAUAGCAUUCAGGAGCACCUACAAUCUAUACUACGAGUCUAUCCGCAUGAACAACAACCAAGCAAACUUUGCUUCUGACAGUGAUGUUUACAAGCUCCGCUAG